UGAAGUGUGGAAGACUUCUGAUUUGGUGGAGAUUAUUCGUACAUCCAAGUCUGUAUGCUUUUUGUCUUAGAUACACCGACUAAUUCCCUUAGCGAGCUGGUCGCGUGGCCGUUUCUGAAUGCCCAAUGAGUAGUUACUGAUCGCCCAACGAGGACUGUCUUUUUCAGCUAUGAUGGUGAAAGACAACCCCCUCCUCCGCUGUCCUGGGGUCCUUCUUCAACCACCGGGUCACCCUCUAGUUGAACUCCCUACCCUCGAGUCGUCUCACUGAUCGGGCGUUACACCAACACUCGAUCUACUGUUACACAGCAUCUUUCCAUCUCUUACACGCCAUACACACAGCCAAAAUGACGGUCGAGAAGCUCGCCCCAAACACCGCGGCCGCGGGCGUCCCCUUUUACACCCCCAUCAAGACAGCCCCGGCGGGAACGGCGCUCGAUACGGGUGCCGAUGUGCCCACGCUGUUCACGCCAUUGAGGCUCCGGGGCAUGACACUUCAGAACCGGUUCGUUGUUAGCCCCAUGUGCAUGUACUCGACCGAGGACGGCCACCUCACGGACUGGCACCUCGUGCACCUGGGCGCCUUCGCCGUGCGCGGCGCCGCCCUGACCAUCGUCGGGGCCACCGCCGUGACCCCUAACGGCCGCAUGUCGCCCGAGGACGGCGGCCUGUGGAAGGACAGCCAGAUCGCGCCGCUGAAGCGCGUCGUCGACUUUGUGCACUCCCAGGGCCAGAAGAUCGGCAUCCAGCUCGCCCACGCCGGCCGCAAGGCCAGCACGCUCGUCCCCUGGCACACCACCCCAACGUGCCCCCAGGUCGCCACGGCCGAGGCUGGGGGGUGGCCCGAUAACCUAUGGGCGCCGAGCGCCAUCGCCUGGGACGAGGGGUACCCGACGCCCCGCGAGAUGACGGUGGCCCAGAUCGAGGGAGUCAUCCAGAGCUUCGCCGACGCCGCCCGCCGCGCUGUGGAGGCCGGCGUCGACACCAUCGAGAUCUACGCCGGCCACGGCUACCUCCUUUCCGGGUUCCUCUCGCCAAUCACCAACCAACGCACCGACGCCUACGGCGGCAGCUUCACCAACCGCACCCGCCUCCUCACCUCCACCAUCCUUGCCAUCCGCGCGGUCAUCCCCCCCACCAUGCCCCUCCUCCUCCGCAUCUCGGCCACCGAAUGGAUGGAGCACACCGGCCAACCCUCCUGGGACCUGGCCCAGAGCCAACAACUAGCCGCACUCCUCCCGGACUUGGGCGUGGACCUGCUGGACGUGACCUCGGGCGGCAACAGCCCGGCGCAAAAGAUCCGUGCGGAUGCGUACUACCAGGCCGACCUGGCGGGGGAGAUCCGGGCGGCGUUGUGGCGGGAUGGGGAGGAGAGGUUGGCGAUUGGGGCCGUGGGCGCGAUUGCCACGGCGGAGAUGGCGAGGAGUAUGGUGCAGGCGGGCGGGACGUGGCCGGCUGUUAAUGUUAAUGGGGAGAAGGGGAGGAAUGGGGAGGGGAGGAAUGGGACGGUGGAGGUGGAUGCGGAGGAGGAGCAUGGGACCGGGGCGAAGGCGGAUUUGGUGCUGGUCGGGAGGCAGUUUUUGAGGGAGCCCGAGUUUGUGCUCAAGACGGCGGCGUCGUUGGGUGUCAGGGUGCAGGCGCCGGUGCAGUACCUCGGCGCGCCGUUCAAAUUGGGAGGGGCUGUAAACGGUGGGUUGUGACAUACAAAAGUUAACGGGCAAGGGGGUAAAUAGACGAUUGCUGGUGCUUGGUAUUUGGGGGUGGAGGGGUAGAAGGGCAUACAUGGGCCGGGCUAGAUUUGAUAUUUGAGACGACGGCUAACGAGACAUGCCGAAUUGAUCCCAUCAUUGUCAUGAGUAACCCAAACCAGAACAACCCU